AGGCAGGGCGUCCUCAUGCUCGCCGUGACUAGCGCGGCCAGGACCACGUCCCUCGUCGCCUUGGAGAGGGUCCCGGCGUCCUGGCGGCCCUACCUGGCCUACCUGCUGGGGCUGCUGGGCAUCCUCCUGGCCGGCUACGCCGACCGGCUCUGGCCCCCGCGGCGGGCCGCCCCGCUGGCGGAGCCUCCCGCCGCCCCCCCGGCCGCGGACGAAGCCCCGGUGCUCAGGCGGCGGCGGCGGUCCAGCUCCAUGAUCUCCCCCGAGAUGUCGGGCGGCGGCGGCAGCAGCAAGACUCACCGGCGGACCUCGCUGCCCUGCAUCCCCCGGGAGCAGCUCAUGGGGCAUUCUGAAUGGGAUCACAAACGAGGAUCCAGAGGCUCACAGUCUUCUGGUACCAGCAUCACAGUGGAUAUCGCUGUUAUGGGAGAAGCACAUGGGCUUAUUACAGACCUUCUAGCAGAUCCUUCGCUUCCCCCCAACGUGUGUACUUCGCUGAGAACAGUGAGCAACCUGCUUAAUACGCAGUUAACCUUCCAGGCCAUCCACAAGCCAAGGGUGAACCCUUUGGUGUCCUUCAGUGAGAACUACACCUGCUCCGACUCAGAGGAAUGUCCAGAGAAAGGAGAGAAACUAGCUAUUCCCAAGCGCUUACGGAGAAGUUUGCCUCCAGGACUGCUGAGACGAGUGUCCUCAACUUGGACCACAACAACAUCAGCCACAGGGUUACCUACAUUGGAGCCAGCUCCAGUGAGAAGAGAUCGCAGUGCCAGCAUCAAACCUCAUGAAUCAUCUUCAUCCAGCACUGACUCCUGGAACAGCUCAAUUCUGAUGACAAUCACGAAGAGCAGGUCCUUCUCCACCUCCUACGCCAUGUCUUCUACCAACCACCUGAAUGCCAAAAGGCAGAGCCGGCAAGGUAUCCCGCCAAAUAUUUCACCUCUCACCUCCCCAUGCCAUUCACCAAUACAGGGGACACCUGCCACAAGUCCUACUGGAAAAACAUCUUCCGUGUCAUUUCCAGACUCUACAGAUAUUGACACCAAGCAAGGCUUAAAGCCACACAAAGUCUUAACUUCUACUCAGAGUGCGCCUAGCCUGUCAGACCCUAUUAUCAGCCCCUCUGUCAUCUGCAGCAGCUGUGGCAGACCCUAUAACCAAAUAGAAGCUGGUGAUGGGACACUAGAUAGAAAUGAUGGUACCACACACACCCUGAACAGAACAGAUGAUCCUGCGCAAGCCACUUCUGACUAUGAGACCAACAACAGUGAUAGCAGUGAUAUCAUACAAAAUGAUGAUGAGACAGAUUGCUCCAAAGAGCAGACACGGAAGGGAUCCGUCUGUAGGACAUACACGCCUGAGACCAUCAUUCUGCAUCCCUUGAUACCACCUGAGGACAAGCCUGUACUUGCUCCUGAGCCUCUGGUUAUGGACAACUUGGAUCCCCUGAUGGAGCAGCUAAAUAGUUGGAACUUUCCAAUCUUUGAUUUGGUGGAAAAAAUCGGAAAGAAAUGUGGUCGGAUUCUCAGUCAGGUAUCAUACAGGCUUUUUGAAGACAUGGGACUGUUUGAAACUUUUAAAAUACCAGUGAGGGAAUUCAUGAACUACUUUCAUGCCUUGGAAUGUGGAUACCGAGAGAUACCUUAUCACAACCGAAUCCAUGCAACUGAUGUUCUACAUGCCGUUUGGUACCUUACUACUCAGCCCAUCCCAGGACUCCCAACUGUGAUUAAUGAUCAUGGGUCAGCAAGCGAUUCAGAUUCUGACAGUGGAAUCACUCAUGGCCAUAUGGGUUAUGUGUUUUCGAAGACAUACACACCUACAGAUGACAGCUAUGGAUGCCUAGCUGGCAACAUUCCUGCCCUUGAAUUGAUGGCUCUUUAUGUAGCUGCAGCCAUGCAUGAUUAUGAUCAUCCAGGAAGGACUAAUGCCUUUUUGGUAGCAACGAGUGCUCCUCAGGCAGUGCUGUACAAUGACCGCUCCGUCCUGGAGAACCACCACGCCGCUGCUGCCUGGAACCUUUUCAUGUCGAGGCCAGAGUACAACUUCCUGGUCAACCUCGACCACGUGGAGUUCAAGCAUUUCCGCUUCCUCGUCAUUGAGGCAAUUUUGGCUACUGACCUGAAGAAACACUUUGAUUUUGUUGCCAAAUUCAAUGCCAAGGUGAAUGAUGAUGUUGGAAUUGACUGGACUAAUGAGAACGACCGCUUGCUGGUUUGCCAAAUGUGCAUCAAACUGGCUGACAUAAAUGGGCCUGCAAAAUGCAAAGAUUUGCAUCUACAGUGGACAGAAGGCAUUGUCAAUGAAUUUUAUGAACAGGGUGAUGAAGAGGCUAGCCUGGGCUUGCCAAUCAGUCCUUUCAUGGAUCGCUCUGCUCCUCAGCUGGCACACCUCCAGGAAUCUUUCAUCACUCACAUUGUGGGACCACUAUGUAAUUCCUAUGACUCAGCAGGGCUGAUGCCAGGAAAAUGGAUAGAAGAUAGUGAUGAAUCAGGAGACACUGAUGAGCAUGAAGAGGAAGAAGCAGCAGAAAUGGAAACUUGUGAAAAUGCUGAAUCCAGAAAGAAGAAGUUCAAGAGGAGGAAAAUCUACUGUCAAAUCACUCAGCACCUGCUUCAGAACCAUAAAAUGUGGAAGAAAGUAAUUGAGGAUGAGGAGAGGUUAGCUGGGACAGAGAAGCAAGGCGCGGAGCAAUCCACGCUGCAUCAAUCUUCAGAACAAAUCCAGGCCAUCAGGGAAGAGGAGGAGGAGAAAGGGAAGCCCAAGAGGGAUGAAGAGGAGAACACAACUGUAGAACCGAACCAAUGACAAUAUUUACAGCAGUAUUUUAAGACAGAUUGACUCGUGCACAGACUCUUUCUCAAGCCAGCACACCAUUUAGACACAACACUGUAGAAGUAUGGGAUAAUGCGCCUACAGCUGUUUAAUUUGUUUCUCUUUCCUUUUUAUGGUGAGGUACAUUGUUUAAACUCCUAUGCUCAAGGAAGCUUUCACACUGCGACACCGGCUUUUACAGACUUUCUUUAAAGAGAUUUGGGGGUGGGUGGAAUUAUAUAAAAAUAUAUAUAUAUAUAUAGCCAGGGUUAUUGGCUGCACACUUCAGCAAAAUACAUUUAAUGAUAUAUUAUGGUCACUGUGAUACUUAGAGAAGAAAGUUAUCUAAGGAAAUGCUGCUUCUAAAGCACAUUUGCAGUUAAUAGUAAGGUACCAGUUAAGUAGCUUUUGCUCUUAAUGCUGAGGGAUAAAAGUUCCAAAGCUUUAUAUGAAUGCUGAUAUAUCCUGCCAACAUAUAUGUGUGCGUGAGGGGGUGUUUGCAAGUGUGAGUGGAUGUAAUAUAAUAUAGCAUAGUUUGAGUUCUUAUUACGCUAGCUGUAGCACGUGUCCCAAUACAUGACAACAAACAAAAGGCCUGAAUUUUAGAGAAUUUGAGCCCACAAGGGAACUAGAGACCAUUUUGAGGAGCUUUGCAUUCCCCAUAGCCCUCCAAGUCCCAGUUUGUAGGCAGCAGCCUUUCAGCAGGGGCCACGGUGGCCUGGGCUACUGGCCUGGCUCCGUCCGGCUGUGCGGGCUCCUCCGCCUCCUCCUCGGCACUUCCCAGACUGCUGGCGCAAGGGGUGUGCCAGGAAAUUUAUUUUCCAAAGUGGGUUAUGAGGGACUGUGUGGCACGCUGGUCUGUUCCCGUUGAGAGGACCUGGCCCUCUGUAUACUUCUGAGUGCGUGAAUGGCUGCGUGGGGCAGUGUGCAUGUCUGGGCAGGAGAGAACAGGGAGCAAAUGUGUGUAUGUACUUGGAAACUAGAGGCACGCUGUCAUCUUCCUACCCUAACCUUAUGCCUCCGUGCAUCAGUGGCCAAAUAUAUCAUUUCAGAACAAAGCUAAACUACGUCUCUUUAGAGCAAAAGAGGGGGAGUGUGGGGGCCAUGCCCUUCCUCGGAAUAAAAGGCAAACGAUGCAUUAGGAGCAGCGUGGGGGACAGGUGCCAGUCCUGCGUCGGCUGGACACUCGUAUGUCUCAGCAACCACUCACACGAGCUUCAGAGAACUUGGUUUUUCAGCGUGAGGUGCUGGAUGGGAGCAGUUUGUUGCUGGCGUUCUGCUUAGAAGCAGCAUGUUUGAUCCCACCAAUAUACUUUUUUUCUUUUUUCUUUUUUCUUUUUUUUUAAGAGAAAGGAAAAGAUCGGGCCUGUAAGAAGAGCAGAUCUUUUUUUUUGUUGUUCUGUUUAUUUGUUUUCUCUGUUGUUUAUGCUGUGAGCCAAAUGUGUAUUUAAAAGGUUGGAUAUUCACUUUCAAUAUUUUAUUUCACGAUAUUAUAUUUGUCAAUGAUUAGCUAUCUAGAUGUAAAUAUGGAAAAAUUUUUAUGGGUUCCUGUAGAUAAUGAUAUCUUUAAGAAAAAAGAAGAAAAAGAAAAAAAGGGAAAAGUUUUUUUGUAAAGCUAAUUUUUUAAAAAAUAAAUACAAAAACAUUUUUAUACAGUGUAGCCAUUUCCAAACCCAACAAAUAAAGUCUUGAAUAAUUUGUAUAGACCCUUCUGGGACGCCAGUGGUCUACGGAUCAAGGCUUUAAAAUAUUAAUGCUCUUUGGGACUGGCAGCACCAACCAGUACCACAUAAUUUAGAGUUUUGUUCCCACAAAAAGAAUUAUAUACAUAAAGUUCAAUAUCUCUCAAAAAAUCAUUUGACUACGUAUGCUUUUUAUGUUUUGAAGCUGCAGCCCCUUGACAAGAAGAGGAUUGCUUGUGCAAGUAAGAAUGCUUGUGAAAGGAAUAGUUUGUAGAAGUCCUUUCUAUAUUAAAUUUUUGACAUUGCAUCCAUUACUUUUUGCUAUUGUUACGCAUUCACCAUAUUUCAUGAUCCUAUUGAUAACUCCCCAAAAAUGUUGGAAAACAUUCUCUAUCAAAGCCAAUCAGCAUGUGUGUUAUCACUUCAGAGUUUCUUUUUGCUUUGCAUUUCCGUUAGAGUGAGCUUUUGCUGGAAAACAGGAUUUUGGUUUCUUACAGAUUGCAUUUGCCUGAUACCGUCCCAUCCUACUCUUACCAGUAGAGAAGGCGUUUGCCUUUCGACAGAGUGACUCUAGAGCAUGGGUCUGAAUGCUCUUACCAGCAGAAAUAUUUAGUAAGUGUUUUUUAAUGAAAUCAGAAAAGCAAAGAUCCCAAUUACACUAUUAUUUUAAAGGGAAAGGAUAUAGCAGAAUUCAUUCAAAAGAAAAAAAGAUGUCUCCAAGAUCUCAGCAAGUCUCCACCAAUUACAGCUUGUACUGUUUUCACACCUCUUCAGUCACUUUGAUUAAUCAUUUUAUUUGGGGUUUUCUUGUACAAGUGAUAUGCAUACCUUAUAGUAUGAGAAGAAUUUAAUAUGCCUCAUUCUGUCCUUUAAAAAUUAAACUUACAGAGAUGCUUUAAAAUGUCACAUCUCCAAGCACUUUCUUCUCCAUUUUCAGUGCAUGAUCACUGGGACUGGAUUUUUUAUAUUGAUUUUUAUAUUGCCUUUGCUUAGAAGAAGAAAAAAAGAAGUUAUUGCAGAAAGUGUCAGUGGGUGCCCAGUUGGUCAAAUUAUGAAGAGGCAUUCAAGAAUGAGGCAAAAUCCUGCAAGUGGAGUUCCACAUACUCUAAGCAGGCAUACACAGGGUUGAACUAAGAAAAAUUAUGCUAAAAUGUGCUGGAAUGGAAUUAUUAUAUUUUUCCUAGUCAUUGUUUUUGGUUGCCAUUAGGUAAAAUCUGUGUCAGCUUCUAAUUCGUUAAGAUUUCCUUCUGUAUUACCAAUGCAGCUGUCACAAAUUGUUAGUGCAUUGCUACACAAGCCUGUUUGUGGGUACAGUUUGAUUAACUCAGGUCUUUUACAGUGAAGGAAUUGCUGACAGGCUUGAAACCAGAAUGAUCAUUGAUUUUUAUCCAAACUGGAAGGAAUACCAGUGAAGAAGCUAAAGUAGCUGGGAGUGGUUAACUUGGUAAGAGGUGACUUUUUUUUUUGCAUUCCAAAUAGUUACUAAUAGAAUCUGACUUCUGCAGGUGUCCACUCCUUACGAAUCUGAUUCUUAGUCUUUGCAGUGCAUUUCUGGUAGGCAACAAUCAGGAAAUUUCCCAGGUUGGCUUAAAUAGAACACAAAGGAAAAUACCAGAGAGAUUUUAUAUCAAACAUCUGAAUACCAUUUUUUUUUGCUUUGGGGUUUUUUAGUAGAUAAUGAAGGAGGUAAUUUUUUAGGGGCGUUUAUAAUAGUUUCUAGUCCAAAGGAGGCAAAACUUUUGACCUGCAGUUGCAGCAACCUUUUGGAGGCUAGACCUUGAUGGUUUUCCACUCGGUGCAGUCCUUUGGUGUUGCAAACCCCAAAUAAACCACAGCCUGUGCAAUAUUUUUGGGAAAAAAAAAAUAAAGAGGAAAAGAAAAAUAAUUGUAUUCUAUCAGCAAAGUGCUCAGAUUUCAGGUGGGAUGUUUACAAUGUUGAUAUGGGUUUCUGGUAUAUAUAGUACGCAAAGGCGUUUGUUAGAUACUAGAGAGAGCAAGCCCCAUUUAAACAGUGUUUUGCACUCACAAAAAAUUUACAUAUUUUAGUUUUCAGUUCUUUAAAAACAGGAAGAGAAAGACUGGACUAUUUUUUCAAAUUGGAUAUUUUGUUUUCUCCACUGUAAUGUCACUUGGUGACUGAUGCUGUUCCCUUCUAGUCUAGAAGAAGUUUGCUGUUCCCUUAAAUAGGGGGCUUUUUGCAGUGCUUGCAGCUCCCAGUGCAGUGAGAAAAGCACUCUGCAGUGAGAAAAGCACUCUGCCCAUCACAUAGCAAUCACAUAUAAACCCUUUUGUCCCCAUAUUCCUAGUUUGCUUGAUAGUCACAUGCUGUUUACUGUGGAAUAUAACUUCUCUCAUUAUGCUCGUGUUGCAGAAGGAGGAAGUAGGGAGUGUGAAAGCCCCAAACUAUUUAAUUACCUUUUCUUUCAGGAGGAGUCCGAGACUUUAGUUUCCAAGAACCCAAAAUGCCUGUGUCUAGAAGUAGUAAUUUCCACCAUGUUCAAAAGGCCAUAGUUUACUAGUUGUGCUCUAAUUCUUGAGGGAACCUGGCAUUUCUUGAUUUGUUUUGCGCUAAUGUACAGAGUGUGUUGACACUCAUCUCUGAAAGUCAUCUGCCUCCUCCAGUAGAAAGACGGUGUUUGAUGUGAAGUUGCAAGCCAUGCAUCAGAAGUGAGCUGCAAGAAUCUACUAGGAAAAAGGGAUUUUACUGUGCUCUUGGCGGCAUUUUGAACUCCCCUCCUCUGUGAGUGAAAUCCUUUACAGAAAGCUGGGGAAAUGGCUGUGUGUCACCAACGGCCUCCCCUGUGACCUUGUGCAGGGUGCUGGCUCUCAUAGCAGAUGACGGUCACAUUCUGGCAGCAAAUGGUUCCCAGGGCAGAUGUAAUUUGAGAACGCAUUUCUUAACAAUGCAAGGAUAGUUUUUCAUCAGUUUUUGCCCUGACGUCAUGUGUGAACGUCUCUCUGCAUCAUCAUCAAGUUAAAAUCCAAGAUGGCGGUUGCUCCUUUUGAGUGGGUGCAUUUGGGACUUUUACCCUUAGUGUACUACUGUUAGAAGCUCUUAAGAUCCUGAUGGUCUGAAUUUGGAAUGAAGUUAAGUCUGUAAUGGUUCAGAUAGAUGCUUCUAAAAGUACCAUUUGGCAUCUAAGCAAAUUCUGUACCCAACUCCCUUUUUAUGCUUUCCAUGCUGGACAUUAAGUUCAUUUGUUUUCUUUAGAAACUUAUCCUAAAUUUCUGUCUGCUUUUUAGAUACAAAAAUUUUUCUGAAAUUCUAGCUCCAUCUUUCUUUCUUCCUUCAGAAAUGCCCCAGAAAGUCGAAUACAGUGUGGAGAAGCCAAACUGAGCAUCAGUCAGUGGUACAGCCCAUGAGGACUGCCCAACCUGUGCCCCAGUUGGGGCACAUUCGCACCCAGUGCCGUGCCCAUGCUGUUCGGCUGUGAGCUGAGUAGGGGGGUAGCUGUCAGUUUGGGUACUCGGCAGCCUGAGCCCCACCAGCGUUUAGUGGGACUUGGGAUCUUAGAGAAUUUUGUCAGUUUUCAACAUGAGCCUUAGGCACUUUUGAAAAUUUUGCCGUAAGUAUAAUGCAGCAAAAACUUUGUGGUUGGUCCCAGGUGUUAAUGAAGUGCUUGUGCAAAGUCCCAUUAAUUAUCUGGCACAUCCUGCUUGGUCUGUGUGGGGUGAUCCUGUGCUCUGGGGUGACGGCUCUGCUGUUGAUGAAGAUGGUUGCAGGUUUGAGUCCACCCUCUCACUGACUUUCCAUAGGCACAGCCAGAUGUGGCAGUCAGCGUAAGCCUGGGCAGCCCAGCAAACCCAGCUGUGCCCAGUACCGAGAUCCAGAGAAGGCACAAGGUGCUUGACCAGCAAAUACCUCAGGCAGAUGCACCAGCUGGUUCAAUUGUGGGAGAGGCAACGCAGAUGUGCUUUGGUUCAUUCUAGAGCUGAGUCAUCUGAUAGACAUAGUGUUCAGUAGGUGGGGAGGGCAGCAAUGACAGUCUGUGGCUUUUCUUUCUCUGAAAGAAGAGGCUUUUGACUGUUGGAAAACUUGUAAU